AGCUACAAAAAGAACAAAAGAAAAGAAACGCGAACACAGCUCCAAACGUUUGUUGUUAAGAAGUAGUAAAUUGCACUGGAUUAAAGAAUUACAAAUGCGCUCGCGUAGUCGAUCCCACAGCACCCGCAGAUCGCGGGAAAGGCACCACAGAAGCCGUUCCAAUGAUUACGACCUGUCCGACAAACAUGCAUUUCAGAAGCCGGCACGAAGGCGCUCAACUUCUCGGUCAAACGAAAGGAUCCAGAGUAAGAAAAGAAAGUCACCUAGUUGCCGAAACACCGCCAAAGAGCGUUCCAUACAUGGUCGCUUCUCCAGGGAAAGGGAACGUCGGCCAAGUAAAAAAACGCGGUCCUCCAGCAGCAGCAGCAGUAGUAGUAGCACCACCACCACCAGCAGCAGCAUCAGUGAAUCCAGCGAUUCAGACUCGCGCCGUCCUAGUCGACAUCGAAGUCGCAGUCACAAUCGGAGUCGCAAACGAAGUCGCAACCGAAGUCGAAGUACACAAAAGCAGAAAUCGGCUGAGCGGUGGCCAAAUGAUAGAUUUGACAGCAACAAUGACAGGCGCAAUAAUCCGUUUAGAGGACGAGCCCCUGAGGGCGGGUUUAUGAAUGAAGGUGGACGAUCAUAUCAGAGAGGUGGCACGCAUCACAAGGGAGAUGCUAAAACCAUGAAUGCCCGGCGACUUCAACGUGAACGCAUCGGUGAAGAAGGAGUCCCGGAAGUAUGGGGUUCAAGUCCAGCACACCCGGUGGGCGAGGAUGAUGUGGAACUGGUUAAAGGAUCCUACGUGGGUCCUAAAAAGAAGAAAAAGGGGAAACACGGAAAGUCAAAUAAAAAAUCAAAAUCAAAAAUGAAAAAGACUAAAAAGAAAAAAUCGAAAUCCAAGCGAGAUUCCAGCUCGUCCUCAUCUUCAUCAAGCUCAGAUAGUAGUGACAGCAGCGAAAGUUCCUCCAGUGAGGACAACUCUGAAGCUGAGGAUGGUGAUGUUUGGGUAGAAAAAACAGCAGAAGGAUUAAAAACGUCUAAAAAGGAUAAGAAAAAGAAAAAAACAUCUAGUUCAAAGAAAGAAAAGAAAAACAAAAGAAAAAAGAAGCGCAGAGGUGAUGCCGAGAAACAAAGGAGCACGUCCGGCACAUCAAAAUCAAAAGAUAGCGCGAUCAACAAUGGCGAAGAUGUGGGUCCAUCACUGCGGACUACGGGCAGCCUUAAUCAAAAGGAUUUCGGGCGCGCGUUGUUGCCAGGUGAAGGUGCGGCAAUGGCUGCUUAUAUCGCCGAGGGUAAGCGGAUACCGCGUCGUGGUGAAAUUGGUCUAACAUCGGAUGAGAUUGCCAAUUUUGAGUCGGUCGGCUAUGUGAUGAGUGGUAGUCGACAUCGACGCAUGGAAGCAGUGCGUAUACGCAAGGAAAAUCAGAUCUACUCCGCAGAUGAAAAGCGCGCUUUGGCUAUGUUCAGCAAGGAGGAGCGGCAGAAGCGCGAAAACAAGAUCUUAUCUCAAUUUAAGGACAUGAUCCAUUCGAAAUUGCAAGCAAAGGAUAAAAGUAACAAAUAGUUUGGUCCAAAUAAAUUGUAUAUUAAAUAAAUAGCAAUAAUGCGCGGUAUAAUU